GCAGACAUCUACUGUCGCUUCGUUUCUGACGACGGCAUCAAACGACACUUCACCCGGACAGCGCUGUCCACAGCGCUGUCGGGAAGAUUCGACUCAUGUCGAGCAUUUUGAUGUCGCUGGCGGUGAUCACUGGGGCGUUCAUCGGCAUGGCCAUGAUCAUGAUGGCCUUCUCCUUCGUCACGACCGCAUUGAAGGGCCAGCGGAAGGACUCAGCUCAAACGCAGCUGCCGCUGAACCUUGAUGACAUCACAGAGGUGACUCUCUCCAGUGAUGAAACGUGCGCCAUUUGUAUGGACGACAUUCCUGCAGGUGAUGUGGCCAAAUCACUGCAAUGCAACCACCAGUUCCAUGGCGAGUGCAUCCUGGCAUGGUGGAGCAAGCAGGUUCGUCGAGGACAAGAUUCCGCGACCAGCUGUCCACUUUGUAGGUGUAUUCAGCCCAUGCCGGCCGAAGCCGAAGCGCGUGUGUGAAGCGGAGGCCGAACCGCUGCAUCCUAAUUCAACCAUCUCCGACCGUGGUUCAAGAGACUUCUGGGUAAAGGCGAUG